AUGGAGAGAUUCUUUAAACCUAAACGAGUCCGUAGUGGUGAAUCUUCAAAUGAGCCUAAUAUUAGUGAACCAGUUCAAAAUCAAUCUUGUGUGGAAUUGAAUUUAAAUGAUAUUGUUAGUGAUCCGGGAUUACGAAAAUCAGUUGAGAAAUUUGAUAUUUCUCUUCGAGACCAUGUCCGAAGAGAGUAUUUGACUAGGGGACCUUGCCAACCGAUUGGCCAUAUGUAUCCAAAAACAUCAUUUGGUAAACAACAUAGAAGUUUCCAAGAUAGUUGGUAUCAAAAGUUUGUAUGGUUAGAGUAUAGCAUAUCGAAAGAUGCGGCGUUUUGCUUUUGGUGCUUUCUUUUCAAAACACAAAAUAAGGGAGGUCGAUAUGCAGAGGAUGCCUUUACAAAAACGGGAUUCAAUAAUUGGAAAAAGGCAAUGGAAAGAUUUAAUGAACAUAUUGGAGCUGUGAAUAGUUGCCAUAAUGAUGCUAGAAUACAGUUUGAAAGUUUUCAAGAUCAAAGGCAUAGUGUGUCAAAUGUGCUACGAUCUUGUGGGCGCGAAAUAGAUAUUGCAUAUCGCACCCGUUUAACUGCUGCUCUGGAUGUGACCCGCUUUCUUUUGAAGCAAGGAUUGGCUUUUCGUGGAAAUGAUGAGUCAACUAGUUCUUCAAAUAGAGGCAAUUUUCUUGAAUUGUUUGAGUGGUAUAGCCAACGAAAUACUGAGAUUUUUGAGGUUGUAAAUCAAAAUGCUCCUGCAAAUAAUCAACUAACUUCUCCAAUGAUUCAAAAAGAUCUGGCACAUGCUUGUGCCUCAGAGAUCACAAGUGUUAUAAUCAAUGAUAUUGGAGACAAUUAUUUUUCCCUAAUAGUUGAUGAGUCUCGAGACAGUUCAGUGAAAGAACAAAUGGGAGUUGUUUUGAGAUAUGUGAACAAAGAAGGGCGUGUGAUUGAACGUUUCCUUGCAAUUGUACAUGUGUCUGACACCACAUCUCUUUGUUUGAAAGAUGCAAUUGAUUCUUUAUUCGCGCAACACGGAUUAUCAUUAUCCAAAUUGAGAGGUCAAGGAUAUGAUGGAGCUUCAAAUAUGCGAGGUGAGUUCAAUGGUUUGAAGGCCCUUAUAUUACAAGAAAAUCCCUAUGCGAUGUAUAUUCACUGUUUUGCUCACCAACUCCAGUUAGUUAUUGUUGCUGUUGCUAAGGGAAAUAUCAUUGUCAGUGAAUUCUUUGUCUAUGUCUCUAUGAUUGUCAAUUUAACUGGAGCAUCAUGUAAAAGGAGAGAUCAAUUAAGACAAAUAGAACAUGAUAAGAUUGUUACACUUUUAGACAGUGGAGAUAUUAUUAGUGGAAAAGGCAAAAAUCAAGAAACUAGUUUAGCAAGACCAGGGGAUACUCGUUGGGGAUCACACUAUCUAACAUUACUUCGUCUAUCCUCUAUGUGGGCUUCGGUGAUUGGAAUAUUGGGAAAUAUACAAGAUGAUGCCACCACUUCUGACAAUAGAGGUAUGGCCAGGGGUUUGAUUGAUAGAAUGAAUGAUUAUGAGUUUGUUUUUGCAUUGCACCUGAUGAAGUAUUUAUUGGGAAUCACAAAUGACUUGUCACUUGUUUUGCAACAAAGGGAUCAAAAUAUUGUCCAAGCCAUGAGUUUGAUUGAUACUAUGAAAUCUCAAUUGCAAGACUUUAGGGAAGAGGGAUGGCAAAUAAUUUUAGAUGAAGUCAACAAUUUUUGUGAGUUGAAUAUGAUUCCCGUGAUUGAUAUGGAAGACAGUAUAGCAAUCCGUGGCAAUGCCAGGCGCAGUCGCAGAGGUCAAACCAUCACUAAUUUUCAUCAUUAUCGCGUGGAAAUUUUUUGUGAGGUUGUUGAUUUAAUUAUACAAGAGAUGAAUAAUCGUUUCUCGGAAGUUAGCACGGAAUUGCUUAGUUGCAUAGCAUGUCUUGAUCCAAAAAGUUCUUUCUCUCAAUUCAAUGUGCAGAAACUACUCCGUCUUGCUGAUUUAUAUCCUGAAGACUUCUCAAGUAACGAUUAUUUAUAUCUUGAGUCUCAACUUCGAAAUUAUAUUUAUAAUGUGCAACGCGAUCCUCAAUUUUCAGAAGUUGGAGAUUUGGGAAGUCUUGCUCAACAAAUGGUUAAAACUGGUAAAAAUACAGUUUUUCCAUUGGUUUAUCGUCUGAUCCAGUUGGCAUUAGUUCUACCAGUUGCGACUGCUUCUGUUGAAAGAGUAUUUUCUGCAAUGAAUAUUGUCAAGACUGAUUUGCGCAACAAAAUGGGAGACGAGUGGAUGAAUGACUGUCUGGUUGUAUACAUCGAGAAGGAUAUUUUUGCAACAAUUGAAAAUGAGCAAAUAUUGCAGCGUUUUCAACGGAUGAAGACUCGCAGAAUGCAAUUGCCUCCUCUUCGUUAUUCGAGUGCAACAACUACCAAUACUUCAAGUGUUAAUCAAUAACAAAUUUUUGGGUAUGUA